UGGCUCGCGACGACGAGCUUUCCAGUCAGAGCCUCCUCUGUGUCGGUGUCUGUGUGGGAGAGAAAGCGUGAGAGUCGCACGACGCACGACGGUUGUAUGGCAACAGACUGCCAGCCUCGUCACAGUUCAAGUUGAACCGUCUCGUGAGCAGGACACAAACCGCGGAACCUGCCACUGAAGAGAGCGAAGAGGCCCUGAAGCAGGCACCACAGUAGCAGUAGCAGUAGAACCACCAGCAGCAGCAGUACCACCAGCAGCGUCACCAGCAACAGCAUCGGCAGCACCAGGAGGAUCGGCAGAAACCCAAAACGAACCUAGACCAUCAAAACAGCGUCGCCGCAACCUGCAAUGUUUCCCAACAAAAAAAACAACAACGAAAAAAACAACUUUCCGGAGAAAAGGUGUGUGUGCCAGUGCCGUGUACCAUCUCUAAUUCGUGUGUUUUUUUUUGUUUUUUUUUUUGUAUUUUUUUUUGAAGCAACAAAAGCCAGUAGUCAGUAAUAUGAAUGAAUGAAGAAUUCCUUUGAAGAAAAACAGCUUCCGAGAGCAGGUGUCGGAACAAAAACGUUAACUAAAAGGAAAACUAAAAUUGAAGCUAACACACACACACACGCAUACGCUACCGCGUACCUGUCCGUAAUAGAAGUACAAGAAUAUAAUUCAAUAUAAAAAAAUAAAAUAUAACUUUUAGAGAAGAGACCUUUAACAGAACAAGGAAUCCAAGGGCAUUCCCCCACUCGAAUCACUUGAAAUCACAGCUGCAGGAGGACGCAACGCAAAUAAUAACAACAGUUGUGAAUUAUGGCCAAAAGUUAAUUAAAAGCACAAAAAAUACGGCACAUAAGUGAGACUUAAACCAGGGAAAGUGAGAGCCAUAAAUCAAUCGUAACAAGAGAGAGCGACAAAGACAAAGAGCGCCAAAGAAAGAGAGAGAGAGAGAGCCAGAAUAUGUAGAGGCUGUAUUGAAUGUGUGUGCAAAAAUCCAAUCGCAAUGUCAAUGCCUACUAUUUACAUGGCCAAUGAAAAAUGGCCGUCAAAUUGAAAGGCAUAACGAGCAAAGCGAACACACAGCACAACAACAUGGCCCAAAGCCACGAGCAACAGCAACAGCAACAAGCAGCAGCAGAAGCAAACCAUAUAAAAGAACCAUUCAAUUUGGAAUGACUUAGAGCGGCUUACGAGUGUUUAUUGAACAACAAAAGCAUUCAGCAACCAAAAGAAUACAGCGUACACACGGCGUAUGCGUGAUUAAUUGAACUUUAAACACACACAGAGAAUCACACAGAGAGAAAGAGAAACGAGAGAAACAGGCUGUCAAAAUGUUGCCAACCAACGUGAUGACAUUCAUGAAGAAGAUGGUGGCCACCGAUGAGACGUCCAACGAUCGGCAGCCGCAUGGCACGGACUCGGGCGGCGCCACCUCCAAUACGGGCGCCUUGAACAAGAUGAAGGCAACGCUCUCCUCGUCGCUGCUCACCGUAACGGACAAAGUUAAUAAAAUGUCGCCACGCCCCUCGUUGGUGCCAACGGAUACGGACACAAGCGGCAGCUACGGCUCGUCCAGCUAUCAGCAGCAACAGCAGCAGGAAUCUGGCAGCGGCGGCAGCCAGAACAACAACAACCACAGCACGACAGCCGGCGGUGGUGGUGGCGGGGCAACGGCCAAACAGGAGCCCGGUCGCAGGGCUGGGGCUUGCAGGGUGUGCCUCAAGUCCUUCAAGCCGGACGACUACCACAAGACGUGCUUCGAGUGCCAGCAGCGGGUGUGCGAGGACUGUGCGAGCUACAGCAAACUGGACGAGCACGAGGAUGCGACCAUGUGGCGAUGCAGCGUUUGCCGCCGCAAAAUGGCCUCGCGCGUCUGUAUACCGCAGGACUCAACAGACUCGAUGCUGGACGUGCCCGUAAUGGAGGCACUGCAGCGCCGCCAUUCGGAUGCCAAGCUGGGUAGCAGCACCCAGACAUUGGCACCCAGUAAUGGGGCAGCCCUGGCACCGCCACGAAGUCCCGAACUGCGGCGACACUCGGACGUAUCGCCCGCCUCGCUGAAGGAGCUGGAACGGCAACUAAAGGGUGGCCGCAGCAUGGCACCCAGCCGCUCCAACAGUCCACCGCGGGCCGAUGGCCAGGAGCCACCUUUCGGAGCGCCCCUAUCGCGUAUGCAAUCCAGACGCGGCUCCCGAGUGGCCCGUCAGCACAGCUACGACGAUGACAUGAAAACGGGCACCGUGGGCGGCAGCAUGGGCGGCGGUGGACCGGCGUUGGGCAUGGCAGCGGAUGGGUCCGGACUCGGUAUACCCGCGAUGCCGCGCAGAAAGUCCGCCUACGAUGUGUUUGCCCCAGGACUGGUCCAGGGGGGAGUGUCGCCGGGGGGAGGAGGCCAGCAGCAGCAAAUGCAGCGGUCGCCGUGCGAGGUCAGCGGUGGCGGCAUCAUGCCACCCAUACAAUUGCCAGGAUCGCGGAGACCCUCUUUCCGGGUGCCGCACGCCUCCGAGGAUAUGCAGAACGAUGAUUCGCCUGGUUCGCCGGACCAUGGAAGUCCCGUGUUAACGGUAGAUGACGACCGCCGCAUGCGCCGACGCGGCUCCCAGCUACCCGACAUCGCAAUGCUGCAGAAUCGCGGGGCUUUGCCAGCGGUACCGCCCGCGUCAAUUCCACCACCGAUGGCGGCGUUUACGGGCCCCAAUCUUGAGGAUUUGGAGGCGCCACGCCGUCAGACCUCAAUGGAUGGCGAGGCCAUACGCAUUGUAAUACACGACGUGGAUUCAGGACCGAUUUGUGCAUCAAAGCGGCGCAUCAUCUUGCGCCGAGAUCCCACGGACAAGGCGCACCGCACACGUGGCUUUGGGAUGCGCGUCGUCGGUGGCAAGACCGGAGCCGAUGGCCGACUCUUUGCGUAUAUUGUCUGGACGGUGCCGGGCGGAGCGGCCGAGAAGAAUGGCCUGCAGCAAGGGGACAAGAUACUCGAAUGGAACGGGAUGUCAUUAAUCGACCGGAGUUUCGAAGAGGUCUGCUCCAUCAUGGAUCGCACGGGGGACAUUGUGGAGCUGCUGGUGGAGCAUGCCACCGAUUUUCGAAUGUGCGAUCUCUUCGAUGAGAAUCUGCCGCCCGGCAAUGCCGGUGGUCAGAGCGGACCACGACGUUCGGGCGAUGGUCCCGUUGGCCUUGGCCUCAUUGCGGACCCCGAAACUACCACAGACAAAUCACCAGCAUCGCCAACAAGACGGAAAUUACCAAAAACUCCGGAACAAAUUGCACGCGAAAAGAUGGUCUCUGGACGCGUCCAGAUUCAGGUUUGGUAUCACGCAGAGCGACAGGAGCUGGUCGUCUCCCUGAUGGCCGCCGAUGAUCUGGCGCUUAGGGACGAGGCCUACGGGCACGGCAAUCUGCCGGAGGCGUAUGCCAAGGUCCGUAUUCUGCCUAAAUGCGGCGAUGGCAGUGUCCAACAGACGGAGGUCAGUCGACCCACACAGAAUCCCAUUUGGAAUGCCACACUUACAUUUGGCCAAGUGAAGGCCGACAGCCUGAUGGAUCGCUAUAUAGACAUACAGCUGUGGGAUCUGGUGCCGCACACCGAGUCCAUAUUCUUGGGCGAAUGCAGCAUCGAGCUGCAGCAGGCCUUCCUCGACGAUCAGGCGAUCUGGUGUCGGCUGGACGACAUCAAGGGAUUGCGUAGCAUCAGCAUGAGCAAGUCGCCGAGUGUGUCACCACGUGGCUCCAUUGCAGCUGGGGCCGGGGCACCUUGUGGUGAUGUCAGCCGCAUGUUGAGGCGCGACUAUAACAUGCAGCGAUCCAUCUCCGAUGAGGUAGACUCCAUUGGAGAUGGGGCGACGCUGCUGCAUCCCGACACCGCUUGGAUGGCGGGCUCCCGACGCGGCUCAUCGCAGUCGGAGACCAUGGAAGUGGAGGUCUACCAGCUGGGCAAGGACUUCUCGCGCUCAUUGCCGGGCUCGCGUCGAUCGAGUUUCCAGGAUGCCGAAAAGCAGCGGCUCGAGGAGGACGCCAUGGCUACGCCACCCACAUCGUAUCUUGUGGGACGGCGUCGCUCUUCCGUUGCUCGACGCGAUCCGGAUGAGAUCUUGAAAUCCUUGAAGGCUGUCCGCGGCGAACUGGGACGCACCAUGAGUCUGGGCACUGAGCAGCACAAGCGCAUGGGAUCGCGACGAACUAGUCGCGUCGGACUGCCGAGUGGACCCAACAGUCGUAAGAGCUCCAUUCUCGACCUCACCCAGCAGCAGCAACAGAUCCAGCAGCUGCAGCUGCAGCAGCAACAACAGCAUCUACAGCAACAUCUGCCAAUUGGCAUUGGCAACAACGACACCAGUCCGCCGUCUGAUGAGGAAGACAAGCGCUUUCGACCCCGCUGGAAGGGCUCUGGUAGCCAGCUGCCGCCCCAGAGCCCCAAACAGGCGCUGUCGAGGCUCAAGCAGGCCGCCUCCGUCUCGAAUGUAGCCCAGGAGAGGCACAACCAGUUGCUGGGCUCCAACCUGGGCGAUGGUUCGCUGCAGCUGCAGCAACAGGCCAACCUACGCAAGGGCAGCAUGAUUAAUCUGCGCGGCCAGGGUAUGGCCCAGGGCCAGGGACAGGGUCAGGACAUGCUCUCCGCCGGCCAGCUGCACCAACGCAAGAGCAGCAUGUUUCAGCUGGGAGAGGUACAUACCCAGGCACACGCGCAGCCCCAGGUACAGUCCCUGCAGCGCAAGGGCAGCGUGUAUGUGGGCAAGGGCAGUGACACGCCCACCAUGGGCACACCGACGCGAAAGGGCAGCAUCUAUCAGCGGACCAGCACGGAUAGCGGCAGCGACAGUCCGCAGCGGAAACACAGCGUGGUGAAGACCCUGAGCGGAAGCUAUGUUAAUGUCUCAGCCAUCAGCGGCAGCGAGUCGAGCUACGGCCUGAAGCUGGGUCCUUCGCAGAUUCACCCCAAGGGAUACCGUCUGACCACGGCUCGUUACGGGGAGCUGAAGAUGGGUUUUGUGAAAAUCAAAGGGAACGUCGAGGUGGAGCUUAUUUGUGCUCGUAAUAUUGUCAACGAGGACUGCGAGACGCCUCCGGACACAUAUGUCAAAUGUUACAUCAAGGACGGGGAGCGAUUACGUCACAAGAAAAAGACGCGCGUGGUGCGCCACUCCGCGGAGCCAUUCUACAGGCAGACCAUUAAGUAUCAGAGCUCGGACGUCUUUGGGCGGAACAUCGUCAUCAUGGUGUGGCAGCGAUGCGUGGGAUUCGAGCACAACCAGGGCAUGGGCGGCACGGAGGUCAAUCUGGACAAGGUGAACAUCGGACAGCACAUCAAUGGAUGGUAUCCGCUGUUCCCCAUGCACAGCUACGGGGGCUCCGACUCGGACAACUCUCCUUGACCGAACACGCCAGCGCGUGAGACAUCGAAAACAAUAAUUCAAAUGAAAUGCAUGACACCAAGAGAACAUAAAAUACUCAAACUGAAAGCUCAAUUUGUUAGCGCGUAAGUAUGGAUCAGCCAUAUAAAAUAUUACACAAUCCAUCAGAUAUAACACCAGCAGAAACCAAUUCCCCCAAUUGAAACAAAACUAGCAAAUUGCAAUUUACUAUAUGUCCCUAUGUAUGUAAUACUCGUAGUUAUAGUCAAUGAGCUUAGCAUCGGUUGGCAGUAGGCAGAAGACAGGAGGCAGUGGGCUAUGGGUAACGUUAUACUACUAAAUAUUCACGGUGAGAGAGCUUUGUAAGUAAGGUACGGUAAGGUAAGGCACCACGAGUAAUCGUAUAUCAAGUAUAUCAGACAGCACAAUAAUUGAGAUGAGAGGACAGAAACCGAUAGUACCAGAGAGAACUACAAUAUAAAGAAAUAUAAAUACAAUAUUUAUGCGUAUACAUUUUUUUGGGCUUGUUAUGUUUGUGAAAGUUUAAUGUUGUUUGCAUUUGAAUCGAAUCGGGAAAUGAAACGGGCACUGAAACAAUAAUGUUAAAAGAGAGAGAGAGAUAGAGAGAAAAGGAACUUCCACACCUCAAGUACAUAUGCCAGGGUCAAAAUAUGGGUAUAUGUAAGUGCUAAUCAAAUGUUGCGCAAAUACAAAUACAAUUAAAAUAGUCUCCAACUAUCUCCACAGUUUAGUGUACAACUGAAAGGUUUAACUGUUCCACACAUAUACAUUUAUAACUACUAAAUUACAAACCUACCUACCUACCUACGAAAUCUUGCAGAAGGAACAAAAAUGAUAGGUAACUUUAAAUUUAAUGAGACAAUCUUUAUGGGUGUGGUUUGUGCUUGUGUUUGAGUGCGAGAUUUGAGUGCGACUGUAGCGUGAUUAAGACGAAUUUACUGUAGUAAUUUUAUGGUAGGGCAUUGAUUGCAACACAGCAAUGUAGAAAUACAGAAAGAGGCAUCAUUCUGCUCCUUCCUUCUAUCCUUUAUUCGUGUUGCUUGCACCAAUCGCUCCUAACUCUCACCCCUUCGGCCACAAAGCUUCAGCUACAACAAGACAAUCUCUUCUAAUGACAAACGUGUGAAAUUUACAAUUUCGGAACUUGUGCAUUAAAUCUAAUCAAUGUUCAACCUAAUGACUUGGAGUUUCAAACUAAACAAAUUACAAAUACAAAUACAUAUAUGUAUACACACUUAUUUAUAUAUACAUAGUAAAGCUAUAUUUAAGCGAUCCGUAGAGGCAUUAUGAAAAUUGUACUGUCCCUAUUCGAACUGUUUACCAUUGACCGUUUACUGUCUGCUACGGCUACCCUUCCGGGCAGACGCUCUUUUAAACGCUAGUUAUGGUUAAAUUCCAACUCCAUGACUCCUUAAUCUGAACUCGUAUGUGUAUCAAAGGCAGCUGGGGGCUCUUCUUAACCGUAUUGUUAGAUUGUUGCUUUAAAAACCAGAUCAGAGUAGAAUAAUCUAGUACCAGAUAAUCAAUUUUUCUUGGUAUAGUGCAUAUCGUCAUUUUUGUAGAACUUGUAAGUAGAACUAAUACUCAGCGUACUUGGUAGUUGUCAAGGUAGUCAUGGUACAAGUGAAACUAAAAGUCGUUCCAUUCCUGUGUUUUCGUUUAGUUUGGCUAAUUACAUAUCUUCACAAUUUGGCUGUCGACAUACCCGAGUUGUUUUACAUGAAAUAAGGGGAAACAGGUUGGGAGACGAAAACUAAAAAUGGUUGUGCUAUCUCAAAAAAACAUAUAUUCUAAAUGUUGAAACUAUUUUUUUGUCGGUAAAAACGAAAACGAAACUGCUGCUAAAAUCUACUACUUAAGUCUAUUGGUCUUUUCUACUAUACCUACUGUUACUAUUACCCACUUAUUGUACUUAGCCAAAGAGUUAGUUAUUUAAACAACGACAAGUACUUUGAACACUGUAAAAAUAACGCUAUAUCAGCGAGUCGCGUUGGAGAUCGCUGAUUGUAGGAUUGAGGAUUGCGCUUUAAAAGUGUCGAGUGGACUGUAGGCAAGGCUUGUAAGAAUACUAUACAUAUAUUCAUAUAUAUACUAUAACCUUAACGAUUUGUUAAAAAUUAUUACAUAGCAACUACCUGCAUUACACUAUGUAAAUCAAUAUAUACCGAUCUGAACUACAUACAUACAUAUACAUACAUAUAUGAAUAUGAAUAUUAUUAUAUUUAAUAAGAUGUCUAUCUGGUAACAGGGAAACCCACAGCCCUCCACCC